GCCUGGGCGUGGGCGCGCGGCAGAACAGUCCGCCAUCGACACGGCUCGAGAUGGCAACGCCAGCGCAGCAGUGCCCGCGCGCCCGCGCCAUGGCCGGGCCUCGCUCGAGUCCACGUGCGGCGGUGCGCUUCCUCGUCUUCAUGAGCCUCCUGGACGCUCCUGCGCGCGCAGUGCGACCUGGCGGACCCCUGCGGCCGCGUCCAGCCAGGUCGGGGCUGCUGGACGAGUACGACUUCGUGGUGGUGGGCGGCGGGUCGGCGGGCGCGGCGGCGGCGGGCCGCCUGUCGGAGGAGCGCGAUUGGCGCGUGCUGCUCAUCGAGGCGGGCGGCGACGAGCCGCCGGGCGCCCAGGUGCCGUCCAUGGUGCCCGGGUGGCGCUACGCCGACGUGCUACCGUACUUCAUGAAGUCGGAGGACAACACGGAGACGCGGCGCGUGGGCACGCGCUACCACGGCGUGGGCGGCCCGCUCACCGUGCAGCGCUUCCCGCACCGGCCCGCGCUCGCCGACGACCUCCUGCGCGCGGGCCGCGAGCUCGGCCUGCCCGUCAGCGACGACCUCAACGGCGACCAGAUCACCGGCUUCUCCGUCGCGCAGACCACCUCGCGCGCGCGCGCGUUCCUGCGGCCGGCGCGCGCGCGGCCCAACCUGCACGUGCUGCUGAACGCGACGGCGACGCGCGUGCUGCUGGACCCGGCCACGCGCCAGGUGCGCGGCGUGGAGUUUAUCCGCGCGGGCGGCCAGCCGGGCAGCGUGCGCGUCGCCAGGGAGGUGGUGCUGUCCGGCGGCGCCGUGAACUCGCCGCAGCUGCUGCUGCUCUCCGGCAUCGGGCCGGCGGAGCACCUGCGGGCGGUGGGCGUGCCGGUGGUGCAGGACCGAAGAGGCGUCGGCCGCAAUCUGCACAACCACGUGGCCUUCUUCGUGCCCUUCAACAUGCGCCAGGAGAACGACACCUUCGACCUGGACUGGGCGUCCGCCAUGCAGUACAUGCUCAACCGCACCGGCCCCAUGGCCAGCACGGGCCUCUCGCAGGUGACGGCCAUCCUCAACUCCCGCUUCGCCGACCCGCGGGGCGACCACCCGGACCUGCAGUUCUUCUUCGCGGGCUACCUGGCCAACUGCGCGCGCACGGGCGAGGUGCGCGAGGUGCGCGACGCCGCGUCGCCCGACGCGCGCCGUUCGGUGCUGGUGGUGCCGGUGGUGCUGCACCCGCGCAGCCGCGGCCGCCUCGAGCUCGCCUCCGCCGACCCGCUCGCGCCGCCGCUCAUCUUCGCCAACUACCUCCACGACGACCAGGACGCCCGCACGCUCGUCGAGGGCGUCAAGAUCGCCCUGCGCCUCGGGGAGACCAAGGUGCUGAAGGAGGGCUACGGCUUCGAGCUGGACCGCACCCCGGCGCCCGGCUGCGAGCAGCUCACCUUCGCCUCGGACGAGUACUGGGACUGCGCCAUCCGCAGCCAGACGGGCCCCGAGAACCACCAGGCGGGCUCCUGCCGCAUGGGGCUGGACGACGACCCUGACGCCGUGGUGAAUCCGGAACUGAAGGUAAUUGGGGUGAACGGCCUGCGGGUUGCGGACGCGUCCAUUAUGCCCACUGUAAUCUCCGGCAACACCAACGCCCCGGCCAUCAUGAUCGGCGAGCGGGUGGCCGACUUCAUCAAGAAGGACUGGAAGCGGGACGUGGGCAACCGCUUCGGGGCCACGGACGCCAACGGGAACAACAACGGCUUCAACAACGGACACAACGGGUUCAACGGGUACAACGGACACGAGGGCGGCUACCACAACCGGGACCACAUCCACUUCGGCCAGAUGCCCACUGCCGUCCCGCCAUCCAGCUUCGACCAAACCCACAACCACCAACACGGCUUCCCGCACGGCGGCCACGGCACCACUCACGGAUCGCAGACUCCUCAGGGAACUCACGGCACGCACGGGACGCAAACGCCGCAGGGCACACACGGAACCGGCACUUUCCCCAACACGCACCAGCCCAACCACGGGUACACCUACUCCAAACCAACGACGCCCUGGUACACGCAGCAGCCCCUGCCCCCGCCCAACAACAACAACAACAACAACAACAACAACAACAACUACGCUGCUCCCAAGACGAGCAGAUCUCUGCCGCUGCAGCCUCAACCCUGGUGGCAGCGCUCGUACGAUAGCGGCGACUACUGGGGCUAA